AAGAACGUAGUGACGUCUUUGCUGCCCAUGAGUAUUAUGGGCUGUCUGGAAUUCUGAACCGAGUGGAGAGAAAAAUAUCCAUCUAGCAAGCUACCAAGCUGUCUACCCAACUAACGGUGUGGGGACGUAAACAUGGAACUGUCGGCUGUUGGCGAGAGGGUAUUUGCAGCAGAAUCUAUCAUCAAACGGAGAAUUCGAAGAGGUCGAAUGGAGUACCUAGUGAAAUGGAAGGGCUGGUCACCGAAGUACAGCACAUGGGAACCAGAAGAAAAUAUUUUGGACUCCCGCCUCUUUGUCGCGUUUGAAGAAAGAGAACGCGAGAGAGAGCUUUACGGACCAAAGAAGCGGGGACCUAAACCAAAGACAUUUCUUCUUCGGGCUCAAGCAAAGGAAAAAGGCAAAACCUAUGAGUUCCGGAGCGAGGCGAGCAGGGGCAUCUGCGUGACCUACCCCAGCCCGGAGCCCACGGUGACGCCCCGGGCCCGCGAGGGCCUGCGCGCCGUCGUCCCCACCAUCUUCCCGCCCAGCACCGUCAACCGAGGGGAGAGCGUGCGCGUGCGGCCGCCCGAGUCCCCGCGGGAACACCGCCUCCCUCCGCCGCCCCCGCGGCCCAAGCCGGACGGCUUCCCGGCCCUCCCGAAGAAGCGCGGGCCCAAACCCAAGCUGCGCUUCAAAGACGGCCUGCUCAGCGGCCCCCCCAGAGACCUGGCCAAGAGGAGAGCCGAGGAGCCCCUGCUGUUCGGCACCUCCAAACUGGCUAAACUGGGGCUGUCGGACGUCCUGGACAGGGACUCGGAGGUGCGGGGGAUGAAGCUGGCCCACCGGCCCCUCCAGGCGCAGCAGCCCAGCUUCCCCCCGAAGCCCACGCGCCUCGCGCCCGCCGCCGGCGGCAGCCAGCAGCACUACGCGCCGGGCCGCAGCUUGCACCGCCCGCUCUCGCACCAGCCGGGCCUGGACGCUCCCGGCUGCAGGACUAAGGAGUACCUGGUCCACCAGACCCCCGUGCACUUAAAGCGCCCGCCGCACCCCGGCCUCUACCAGAGAGAGGAGGCGUCCCCCGUCCUGCGCCCCCCCACCCUCAUCGCCAGGAUCCCCAUGGCGCACCUGCUGGACGAGCCGGAGCAGGAGAGCUGCUGGAGCCCGCGCCUCGGCGACCUGGAGAAGGUGGUGGUCACGGACGUGACGACAAACUUUCUCACAGUGACUAUCAAGGAGAGCACCACAGACCAAGGGUUCUUCAAGGACAAAAACUGAGUUGCCUUGGAGUUGGUCAGAAGGCCAUUGCCUGGUCAUAUAUUAUAUGUUUUUCAAAAAUCAGUCCUUUGAAAGUGUCCUAUAAUUUCCCAAUUUUACAUAUAAUGUAUAUAAAAGGUUUACCAGAUUAUUUGUUUGUGCAUAACGCUUCUAUCUCUAUUUAAUUAAGAGAUCAAAUCAAAUGAAUUGAAGGAAAGACACUUUUUAAAAAAUUACAACAUGUAUAGAUAUAUUUAUGUAUAGAGUGUGUAAUUUCCUCCUAAACACCUGAAUUUGCUGGUCAUUUUGUGAAGAUUAUUUGAAAUUUUGAAUUGCAUAAAUGUUUGGCUCUUUGCAGUUCAGUUUAACACUGGUGCUUUUAUUACUUGAUGGCCCAGAUGGACAUUUUAAGAAAUAAAUGGUCUUAUCACAUUCAUAGAGGAUAGGCUACUGCGUGCUUGAGUCUCAAUAUUGGUGUCCCUGUCACGUUGGCAUCAGAAUGGCUCUUCCGCAUAUCGUGUCUAAACACAAGUGAUGAACAUUUUGGAAAUGUAUGAAUACAAAAACUGCCACACACAGCCCAUGUGACUUUAUAAUAAGCUACAGUAUAAUAUGUUCAUCUUGCUGAGGGCCGUUCGGUUGAACAUUUUCUUACUGUCACCUGAUGUGCCCUCUAAGUCUAACAAUGACGUGUGUAUCUGUUACUCAGCUUGAAACAUUUUCUGUAUGUGUGAGUUUGCUUCCACCUUUGAGUAAACUGGCACGCAAAACUC